AUGACGGGGCGGAGGAAGCAGCUUGCCAUUAGCGAUUUCUUCAAGGCAAAGGAUAAGCCUGAUGGAAACAAGGCUAAAACGACGACUCCGGAACCGGCGAAGGGACCCAAUCCGCUAGCCCAGUUCUCGCUGCUGCGCCUGAGGGAGACCAGUACUGAGACUACACCCCCAUCAAAGAGACCUAAGAUUAGCUCUGGUGGCGAUGGCAGCGACUCCAAAUUGUCCCGGGUGGGUAAGAAAUCAAAUAUCGCCACUAAGAUUACUCGAAAAUCCAGUGGAAAGCUCACUCCGCUCGAACAACAAGUGCUCGAAUUAAAACGAGACCACCCGGAUAAAAUGAUGGUUAUCCAAGUGGGGUACAAAUAUAAGUUGUUUGGUGAGGAUGCGAGGGCUGCUGCUAAAGCGUUGGAUAUCAUGUUUAUCACGCGAGACGAUAAGGAAGGCCAGUUUUCGUACUGUAGUUUUCCUGAUGUCAGACUCCAUAUUAACCUUAAACGGUUACUUGUUCAUGGACAUAAGGUGGGUGUGGUGAAACAGAUGGAGCUGGCAAUUGUUAAUGAAGUGGAGAAGACCGGAAGCGAAGUAAUGCAACGGCAAUUGACCGGUGUCUAUACUCAGGGUACCUAUUUAGGCGAUGAGAGCGAGGAGAUGAAGACUCAUGAAGAACAUGGAGCCUAUAUUGCCGCAGUCUAUGCUCAUGACGGCCAGGUAUCGUUUGUGGCGGCUCACCCCAGGACGGGGGAUGUGGUUCACGAUCUGUUUGUGGCUGAUCGCAUUGAAUUUGAUACCAGAUUCCGGUUUCUUAAUCCAAGUGAAACGAUAAUCUUAGGUGAUGAACCGAAUGUUGAUCACUGGUUAAGAAUAGCCAAUCCUCAAACGCAGAUUAUGAGGGAGCUGCCAAUGACUGGUGAUGAUGCUGCUCAAGUCUUAAAAACCUAUUUUGAACAACAGGAACGACUGGAGCUGUUUACUGCUUACCAACAAUUAUCCCCUGAACUUCAACAGUGUGUGGUUGCUCUUAAAAAUUACCUCGAGGAGUUUAAACUUGCGCUGAUGCUUACGGUGGCCGAUAACCUCCGUCUGUUCCAGGACCGGCUGCGGUAUAUGGUACUUUCCGAUGCUACCUGUCGAGCUCUUGACGUGUUUGAGCUGACCGAUGGUGCUACCAAGUAUACAUUGUUCUGGCAAUUAAACCAGACACGCACUCGUUUUGGCCAGAGAAUGCUCUACCAGUGGUUGAAACAACCAUUAAUCGAUCGUGAAGAGAUUGCUCAGCGCCAUCAAGCGAUUGAAGACUUGGGUAAAGGCGUACAAGCGGUAAACGUGCUUGUGGAAUCGCUUAGUUCUACGAUUGGCCGGGUCGAUUUAGAAGAGCUCUUGAUGAAGGUUCACUACGGGAGAAUCAAAAGAAAGGAUGUGUUUACUUUGCUUGAUAAGCUUAACCACGUGAUGGAAACCACCGUCAAGUUUGAUCGUCAAAUUAAUGAGCUUACGGGGACGGUACUGCUGACGUCAUUGCUUCGGUGUAUUCACACGUUACAAAAGAUAGCUGCCACUCAGUGUACUCAGCGGUUAAUCGCUAAGAUUAGAGUCCAAUUUAAAGAGUUUAAGGAACCUGAGCGACAAGCCACUGAGUUUUUCAAUACCGAUAUCGAUGCUUUUGGUGGAGCGAUCGACGCUGAACGCGAGAAAAUCUCGGAAAUUGAGGACCAAAUCGAGGAUGAAUUGAAACGAGUACGCCAAGUGUUGAAUCGCCCGCAAUUAUCGUGGCUUACUAAUAAUAAGGAGCCCUAUUUGGUUGAAGUACGCAAUGGUAAGGAUGUUGACAGGCUCCCAGGUGAUUUUGAGCGGGUUAAUGGUACCAAGACCGUAUCGAGAUUUCGUACGCUGGAGACUAAUCGGCUUUAUAAGCUAUUACAGUAUCACCAGGAACGGUUAGUGAUGGUGUGUGAUCAGACUUACCAGCUCUUCUUGAAGCAAAUUGAUGAGGAAUACGGUCAGUUAGCGGAAGCCGUGAGUGCGUUAGCCGAGUUGGAUUGUCUUGUGGCUUUAAGAGAAGCGUCUUCUCGGUUUGGUGAUGUCUGUCGUCCGCAAAUGGUCGACGAACAAGUGAUUGAAGUGGAGCUGGGGGUUCACCCGGUGCUCUCGGCGAUAAGCGAACCCGUGGCUAACAACACCGAACUCAAUGUUGAUAAAGACCGUGUGUUUAUCAUUACUGGUCCCAAUAUGGGCGGUAAACUGAGUUACGUGAAGCAAGUAGCUCUAUUUGCCAUCAUGGCCCAAGUGGGGUGUUGGCUCCCAGCAAAGCUGGCGAAGAUGGGAGUGUUUGAUCGCGUAUUUUUGAGAAUGGGAGCUUCCGAUGAUAUCCUCAGAGGCCAGCUGACGUUUAUGACGGAGAUGCAAGAGUGUGCUCAAAUCAUCGACGAAAUGACCCCUAAACUGUUGAUAAUAUUGGAUGAGAUUGGCAGAGGUACGGGUACUACCGACGGUGUGGCUCUAGCGCUGUCUAUUCUCCAGUACCUCGUUGAAGACUCCCUCAAACCAUUAGUCUUAUUUAUCACUCAUUACCCCAGUCUCCACACGUUGGACCAUUUCCUGGGGGUGAAAAACUACCAUAUGGGCUACCAACAGAUUCACGACACCAACAAUGAUGAUGAGAUCCCCGAGGUGAUCUUUUUGUAUACGUUGGAGCCAGGGGUGGCUAAUAGUUCCUACGGGCUAAAUGUGGCGAAAAUCGCCGGUAUUCCUGACGACGUGAUCCGCCAAGCUCAUGAUAGAAGCGCCGCUCUCCAGGCACGCGUCGAGUCGGCGAGAACCGAGAAAUUGACGCAAUUGAUGGCGUGGGCCACGUCUUAA